CCCAGUUUCCGUCUGCUUGUGGCUCUCUCCUCUCCUCUUCUCUGAAACAAGAAGACCUGAGAAGAGAGUUGAGAGUUGCUGUAGUAUGGGAUCUGGCACUACACUUCCCCAAUGGACGUCAGAGCCUUGUAUCAUGGGCAUUGAUGAAGCCGGUCGAGGCCCUGUUUUAGGGCCAAUGGUAUAUGGAUGCUUAUACUGUGCUCGCUCAUACGAGAAGACUCUCUCCUCUUUGAACUUUGCAGAUUCAAAGACAUUAAAAGAAGAGAAGAGGGAGGAAUCAUUUGAGAAUCUAAAGACUGAUGAAUCAAUUGGCUGGGCUGUUGAUAUCAUAGAUCCGAGAGAGCUUUCAGCUAAAAUGCUAAAGAAGAUUAAGAUAAACCUUAAUGAAAUAUCACAUGACUCUGCAAUUGGCCUUGUCACUAAGGUACUUAACAUGGGGGUUCUUCUUGCUGAGGUUUACGUGGAUACAGUGGGAGAUACUGAAAAGUAUAGGAGUAAACUGUCUGAAAGAUUUCCUUGUAUCAAUUUUGUGGUUGCAAAGAAGGCUGAUAGUCUUUACCCAGUUGUUAGUGGAGCAAGCAUAGCUGCAAAAGUCACAAGGGACAGAGCCUUACGGGAGUGGGUUUUUGAUGAAACAGCUGGAGCUCUGCACAAGAACUUUGGUUCUGGAUAUCCUGGAGAUCCCGUUACCACGGCCUGGUUGCAAAAUCACAAACACUCGGUAUUUGGAUUCCCAUCAUUGGUGCGUUUCAGCUGGGGCACAUGUACUCCAUAUUUCAAAGACAUUGCUGAAGUCUUAUGGGAAUCAGUGGAUGACGAUGGUUCUAGCAAUUCUAACGGAAAGCGGCAACUGAAAUUAAGUAAUUUUGGUGUCACAACAUCAAAGAAAAAGAUUGAAGAAAUAGAAUCCAGUGGUAAAGGACGCUGCAAAUUUUUCUUCGCUCGUAAGUUUGAGCAAGUCACUCAUUUCUAAGUAACGGUGCAGGAGAGAUGCCUGGCUGGAUACUAGCAAAGUGGGAACUGCAAUGUGGUUCUUGUGGUGUUGCCUAGCACCAUGGUGUUUGUCGUUACUUCCACUCUCACGAGAACUCGUCAAUCUGCCCCAUUUGAAGUUCCAUAACUGAAGCCAAGUUCUGUUGUGUAUUAUUCUGGAUUUACUAAACAACAUCAUUGCUGCAACGUCCAUUUGCAGUUUUAUAUUUCAAUGUGGUGAUGGAUACAAGCUUUUUAAUGCCC